GGGGGCUCCCCUCCAUGGCGGUUGCCGCGGGAGGCCGCAGAUAACCGGCCGCGGCCCCUCUCCCCUUCUUUCCCUCCUUCCCUUCCCCCCCCCCCCUCCUCCCCGCCCCGCCGCCAUGCCCGCCCGGGCCCCGCCGCCCCCCGCGCAGCCCGCAGAAAUACAUUAAUGUUGAAGCAGAACCAAACAAUGGAACCAGACAUUAUUCGAAUGUACUCCUCCUCCCCUCCACCACUUGACAAUGGAGCUGAUGAUGACGAUGAAGAUGAGUUUGGAGGAUUUUCUGGCGUGAGCACCGCUGGCGUGGCUUUUGCUGAUUUUGAUACUCCGGACUACAGUCAUCCAAAGGAAGAGUUUAUACCCACAAAUCAUUUCAUCCCACUCUGUGAUUAUUCUGACAACGUAGCCAGCAUUGCAACUUUCACAUCUGUUAAAAAUGGUAAAGAUAAAGACUGCAUUGCAGAGCUUCCUACUCAUACGAAGGAGCUUUCUGAUAUGUCAGCCACUAGUACUAUCAAAGAAAAAUCUAAGUUUAGAACUUCAGGUGCUGCUUUAGAAGAUGUAAACAGAAGGGGGGAACAAAGAGACAACACUGGAAAAUCAGAGGGUUUUUCUUCUCAUGUGGUUAGAACUGGUGUAACAGUCGAGAGCCAGGAUGAGCAAAUAGAUGCUUGUAAUGGUGAGAAGCUUCCAUGUCUAGAGAUUCUAACAAACGGAUUUGCAGCAUCAGACCCUGUAAAUCCUCAGGGAACAGAAGAUCUAGACAGUAUUGGUGACUCAAAGGGACUGAAAACUGUUAGCACCCGUGGUACUGAGCAAAAUUUGAACUCAAUGCCCAGCUCAGGUGAAGAUGUUGCAGAUUUUGCUACUUUCUCAAACAGAACCCCAAUCCAUUUAGAGGGAACAGGGCCUACAAUAUGCAGUGUUCUUAAUGAAAGAGACUCAGUGAGCAUUCAGGAGAACAACAGAAUAAACAGAGUAACCCAUAGCGAAGAGGAGGUUUGCAUUUCAGAAAUUAGCUGUGAACAGGGUCCCUCAGCACUGGAAUUUGCAAUUUCUAGUACGUCUCAAACAACUGGAAGUUCAAUAUGUACUACAGAGAGUGGAGAGCACAGUGGGAGGAGAAGACAGCAUCAUAUAGAGAAUGGCAAAGAUUUUAGAAUGCCUGAGGAUUCUUCAAAAGCAGCGGACAUCAAGGUUGAUAAGAUCCAAAGCCUAAGCUGUGAUCCUGCAGGAGAAAAGCUGGGCGGUUCCGAAGAUCUCAAGAAUGGUGGAAGCAGCACUGAAGCUUUAGCUUGCAGUGACAAACAUGAUGAUGUGUUUGGGGACUUUGGUUCAGUCAGCAGUGCAUCUCCCACCUUCAGGAAUGCUCAAGACGCUCUAGAUUCAGAAAGAACUUCUGAACAGCCUGCACAUACUGGCGAACCUAAGGAGGAAUUUGGUGAAUUCAGGGACACGUGUACUUUUUCUCAGCAACCAGCAAAUUUGGACCAAGCUGAACUAAAUCAGGCUGCUGACACUUUAGAAUGUGAUGCUACCAGUAAAACUUCUGGACUAGACUUCCAGCGUACUACUGAGGUAGAAAAUGGUGAUGAUACUGAAUUUGGGGACUUUGAUUCAGUGCCAAAACCUCAAGAUGAGAGCGUCGCUUUCCAGGACUCGGACGACUUUGCGGACUUCAGUUCAGCAGGUUGUAACCAGGCUGCAGACUGGAAUGCUUUUGGAGAUGAACAAAAAGACAGCUGUUCUUGGGCUGCCUUUGGAGAUGAGCAGGCCGGUGAAUCUCAUCACAGAAAAGAGACGUGGCAGUCACAUAGGACAGACGUGUCCGCCGGGAGUGAUGGCCCAGUGCUACACGAGACUGACAGUGUUGCUUUAGCAUCUUGCCAGGGGACUAUCAGUAAGCAAUCCCAAGAGCUGUCACCUUCAGUUCAGACAACAUUGCUAAGUCGUCUGGAACGAGUAUUUGAAGUCUGUUUUCCUUCCAUGCCUGUUGCUGAAAUUGAAGAAGAAAUAAGUUCCUUGAAUCAUUUUUUGGAAGCAGGUGAAAAGCAGAUAACAACUGAGGAGACCUUAGGAAGUACUGGGGAGCUGCUGGACGUGUGGACGGAGCUGCAGGACAUCCACGAUGCGUACGGACUGAGAUACCAGUGGGGUGGCUCCCACAGCAACAAAAAGCUUUUGUGCUCCCUGGGAAUCGACACAAGAAAUAUUCUCUUUACAGGCAACAAGAAGCAGCCUGUUAUAGUACCCAUGUAUGCAGCAGGACUGGGUAUGUUAGAACCUACCAAGGAACCUUUGAAACCAAUAUCUGCAGCAGAAAAAAUAGCUUCUAUAGGACAGACACCUCCUGUAUCACCAGAGAUGAACACAUGUGCAUCUGAUCAGUUCCAGGAAUCUCUACCACCUGUCCAGUUUGACUGGAGUAGCAGUGGCCUUACUAACCCUUUAGAUGCUAGUGGAGGUUCCACUCUUCUGAACCUUGAUUUCUUUGGGCCCGUGGAUGACAGUAGCUCUAGCAGCACCACCACAAUCCCAGGUGUGGAUCCUGAGUUGUACGAAUUGACAACCUCCAAACUGGAAACUUCCAAUGCAAGCAGCAGAGUGACUGAUGCAUUUGCAAGGCUCAUGUCCACAGUGGAGAAGGCCAGCACGUCCACAAGGAAGCCUAAAAAGGAAGAACAUCUUAGUGAAGAGGCUGCCAAGGUGAUUUCUAGCCUUCCUGACUUAACAUUCAUGCAUGCCAAGGUGUUGAUGUUCCCAGCCACAUUAACACCUUCAACGAGCUGCCAAGAAAAGGUAGACUAAAGUGAUGUGAAUUGGACGUUUUCUAUUGAUUUUAUUUUUUUUUUUUUCUUCCUUCCCUUCUGCGGGUCGUAAAAAGCAAUCUUGCUUUAAUUAAAAAAAAAAAUAUCAAGUUCAGAUGAUUUGUUGGUAAGCAGCACUAGAAAGGUAUACAUAGUAAUGUAUAUUUAUUUACAUACUGGAGUCCUAAAUUUAUAUUAGAGAAAAAUGUAAAUAAUUGGGGGUAAAUCUUUUUGAAGAUCUAUUCUUUUUGUUGUGCUGGGCUGUACACAUUUAUGUCUUUGUGAAAUACACUGGUGGUGUCCUUCUUAAAAAACUUUUAAAAGUUCAAAAAAAAAAAAAAAUCCUAUAAACACAUAAUGAAAACUUCAAUCUUCACAAUCUGUGAAGUUCCCCCUUAAGACUUUCAGAUUGCAUCGAGCAACUUUUUCUUUCCUGCAUCUAUUAAAAUACUUCUUGCUGGGAAAAAAAAAAAAUCAAAAGGUUAUGUUGUCCCUUUUGUGGGUUUUUCAGUUAUUGUUUCUUUAAAACCCAGUAAUUUCUUUUGUGUUUUAACAAGCUUAAGAUGUGUUUUUCCUUUUCUUUUCCCCCCAUCCCCUCCCCUUGUUUGAUUGGUUGCCUGAUCAGUUUUUAUGUUCUUGAACUUCAAUAGUAUGGCUCCGUCACUAUAUAGCCUUUUGAAAGGUAUGCUGUCAGUAACUUCUCGUUCCAGUCAUGGAUUACUGUCUAAACACUUGAUUUUUUUCUUUCUUUUCUUUUCUUUUUUUCUUUUUUUUUUUUUUUUUUUCUGGUCAUUAGAAGGUUGUCUGCUCUUAAAUCAGUUUGAUUUGGAAAAGAAGGACCAAAACAAUAUGAAUGUCUUACAAUGAAAUAUACCUGUAAAAAUUUUUUUAUGUUCUGUUGUACCACUAUUCCUGUUUGAUUUUGCACAGUGUAAAAUGACAUAAUCAUAGAUUGCUAUGGUUUUAGGCUGUAUAUACAGUAAAAAACUAUGGGUUGUAAAUGUCUGGGGAAAUUCCUAUGGAAAAAAGAGAGCUAUGUCGAAGAACCUCUAAAAAGGUCAAUAUGCAUGCCCAAGGUCUUUUGAGAUUUAAGUGUGUAAAUUUCCUUUUAGCUUACACAAAA